UGCUGAUUUAAGAUGGUUCUUAGCUGGUUUAAGAUCAAACCAGCAUCGAUCAAAACAUACCUUACCCAGCAUAUACUGGAUUUUUCAACAGGGGAGCUUACAUAAAUAGUUGUAUUUUUUAACUAACAUUUAAAAGAGAUUAAUAAAUACUUCAACAAAUGUAUUGCUUAUUCAUUGUUCGUUAAUGUUAGUUAAUAGCCUACAUUUUUAUUUGGCUAAAUUGGCUUUUAUUCACAUAGGCCCAUACUGUAGCCUAAUCAUUGAUCAGCGCACAUAUAGACAGAAACGCAAACUUAAACGCAAGAACUGUUGCAGAGACUCCGCAUCUUUCUAACAUUAACAACUUUUAACCGGAGCGAAUGAGACGAGUGGAUGAAUCAUUGAACAGCGCACAUACAUAGAGCGCAAACGUGUAUCACACGCGAGAACUGUUGUGGAGACUUUACUCGCACCAGCAUCAUUUCAAACAUCAAAUUAACCAGAGCGAACGAGACGAGUGGAUGAAAUCAUUGAUGAGAGCACAUAAAGACAGAAACGCGUGCAUUAAACAUGAGAACUGUUGCGGAGACUCUGUACUAACAUAAACAACAUAUAACCAGGGCAAAUGAAACGAGUGGAUAAAAUUAUUGAUCAGCGCACAUACAUGGAUCGCUGUGGUAAACACGGGAAGCGUAACGAGCCUGCACCACGCCAGAUGUGUUACUGAGACUGGCCAUCUUUUCUAACAUUAACACUAUUUAACUACCGCAAACGAGUCAAGUCUGUGAGAGGAGGCGGGGCUCUGUUGUUAUGCGUUCACGUGCAGUGUGUUAACUCACUGUCGGAAAAGAGAAAGAGAGCGGGAACGCGCAGCUGAUAUCGAUACGUGGGACAUGGGUAUUGGAACCGUUUCAGAUUCUUCAGUAUCGAUACUUAUCAAAAUAUCGAUAUUUUUGACAACACUAUUCCAUAGUGAUGGAAUGGACUGGACAAGGUUUAUUGAUUUGUGCACAAUUUAAUUCAUUUGUCUUGAAUAAAUUAAUCUGAUCAGGUUGUGUCUCUGGUCAGGUUAAGAGCAGUUCUUCUGCAGUCACCGUACAGGAGAAGGAGUUUUCCCAGAGUUUUCCCAGCUAUAUCAAAUACACUGUUAGUGUGGUAACGCCACAGGCGGCGCUGACAACAUCGCUCUCUAUAAGCAGCUCAUCCAGCGAUCAGCUUCUGCUCAUUCCUGUAACAGUCAUGCAUGUCAGCAGCUCCUCUAUGCAAGCGCAAAUGAUGGAUGCAGAAGAUGGACCUAGUAUUUUUCAGCAGUUUAUAGACUCGUAUCAAGUGAUGUUCUUCACUUUAUUUGCUCUUCUGGCUGCCACAGCUGUUGUCAUCAUUGUGUGUCAUGCACUGUUUUCUCCAAGAGAUUCUGUCAGUCAUCCUGCAUUCAUUCAGAAGACCCCGCCUCCUGCAGGUGUAGCUAAACUGACUGAAAGCCCCUUCAACAACAGUAUGCCUUUGGGAACAGACAUGAAGCGUAGCCCGAGAUUACGCUUGUAUUCACCUAACUACAACUCCAGAUGAAGACUAAAGAAGUGCCUUUCCAGGGAAUGAAAGAGUACACAUACUCUUAAAUGCUCGCAAUGAUAUAAUGGCUUCAUAAUCCCAAUGCAUAGAGCUGCAUAGCUAUUACAUUACGUUGUAUGCUUGUGUUUGAAUUGUUUAAGUUGCUUGUUGUAGUCUUAGUUGUUCUUUUCUUUGUCAAGCUGUAUGAAGUUUUUAAUCUCAGGACAAGCUUUAUGCAAGACUUCAGUUUCGGAUCACAUAGUAGCGUUUUGUGAAUGGUGUGACCACUGAAUCUGCCCCCGAGGCCAGUCGUUUCAUUUUGUGAGACACAUGUUGUAUUGAUUUUAAAGAUUUUGUGGAACUACUUCAAAGAAAUCUUGAGUUGAUAUAGUGCAGCUUUUUUCAGUUAUGUGAUUUCAGUAAUGUGAAAUGACCCAUUCAGCUUAAAUGCCUCUGCUAAUGUUUAUGAAUCUACUGACUGACCAGUGAUCUAAGUAGGGUUUUGUCAACCCUACAGCAGGCGCAGUUCUGAACACGGGUUAAUGUGUUAAUGAAGUAUUCGUCCAACAAUAGAUACAUAAUUAUGGUACAUGUUUAACUGUGAGAUCUGAUUUAAGAUGUGUGACCAUUUUUGACUGAAUAAAUGUGAGCCUGUUUAAGUGACUUUUUUGCCAUAACUUCUGCCUUAAUAUACUGUAGAGCUGUAAUGUGACCCAUAAAACUGCAGGACUGAAUAUAAUAUGGAAAUGUGUUUUUGUUUUUAUUUGCUGAUAUAUACCACUAAGUUGUCAAUUGUAAUUUGACCUGACAUCAACAGUUUAUGUUCAGUAAGUUAAAAGUAGUUUUUGUUGUUGUGCUUUUAUUUACAUUAUGCAUUUUGCAGAUUAUUGUGUGAUGUUAUUUAAAAAUAAAAGCUUUUUAUUAAGU